GUAUUAUAUUAUAAUGUUCCAGGUAUCCAGUCUAUCAGACAGUAUAGUAUUGGGGACUCCAGUUCGUGGGAACAGACUCCACCUGUCCUCUCUGCUGGUCAACCUCACUCCUGAGACUUACACCUGGAGUCGCCUCAAAGCUGCCCUCUCCCUACACAGGAAGACCAAAGCGUUCCUGACUCCGAAGAGGCCUCUCUACCUGCUGUCCUCUCCUGAGGCGGAGCUAGGUGAUGUCAGUCAAAAACUGUUCUCCACACCCCGCCGCACGCCCCGCCCACCAAACCUCCGCUCAACGAUACGGGGGAGCACUCCUCUGAGUGUGUAUUCGUUAGCCGGAGAGCUGUCUGAUGACCAGAAGGUCUUUUCGGAGUGUAACCAGACAGGACCUCUGAGCUUCCAGGACUGUCUCCCAGCAGCCAGGAUGAAGCUGUGUCGGAAGGUCGGAGAGGGGACCUUCGGAGAGGUCUUCAGUACCACCAACACCUCUGGAGACGCCGUCGCUCUCAAGAUUAUCCCAGUAGAAGGAUGUGACCAGGUGAAUGGAGAAGAACAGAAAACCUUUGGAGAAAUCCUCCACGAGAUUAUCAUCUCCAAGGAGCUGAGCAGUCUAAAGGAGAAGAAACACAACCAGACCACUGGCUUCAUCGGACUAAAGGAUCUCCACUGUGUCAAGGGCUGCUACCCUCCAAGCCUGCUAAAAGCCUGGGACUCCUUCAACACACAGAGAGGAUCAGAGAAUGACCGGCCAGAUUUCUUCAAUGAGGAGCAGCUGUUUCUGAUCCUGGAGUUUGAGUUUGGAGGCAGAGACCUGGAGAACAGUAAUGGACAGCUGGCGUCGGUGAUGGUGUCUAAGAGUAUCCUCCAUCAGGUGACUGCUGCUCUGGCUGUGGCUGAACAGGAGCUCUGCUUUGAACACAGAGACCUCCACUGGGGUAAUGUGUUGGUCCAGUCCACUAAGGAGAAGGAGGGGAGUUUCCUCCUCAAUGGAACAAACCAUUCCUUAGAGACCAGGGGGGUGAGCGUACGCAUCAUCGACUACUCCCUCUCCAGGCUCGAGAUCGAUGGUCUCACCGUGUCCUGUGACAUCUCAGAGGAUGAGGAGUUGUUCCAGGGCCAUGGAGACCUGCAGUUUGACAUCUACAGACUCAUGAGACAGGAGAACGGUAACAAGUGGGGUGACUACCAGCCCCACUCCAAUGUGUUGUGGCUCCACUACCUGAGCUCCAAGCUGCUGACUAUGACCUAUAAAGGUCGAGGGGGCCGGGGUGUCAAGCAGGCCAGGUUGGACCUGCAGCGUUUCCACGACGAUGUCCUCAUCUUCCGAUCUGCCUCUGACAUACUGUACAACUGUGGCCUGUUCCAAUGAGAAAGAGAGUGUGUGUGUGUGUGUGUGUGUGUGUGUGUGUGUGUGUGUGUGUGUGUGUGUGUGUGUGUGUGUGCCACAUAUUGUUGUUGUUAGCUUGGUUAGCGGGAUGCUAAGUGGUUAGCGGGAUGCUAAGUGGUUAGCGGGAUGCUAAGUGGUUAGCUAUAGUAUUGUGUAGGAUCCAGUCGUAACCUUUUUUGGAGGUGAACUCUUCUUGUGAACAAUAUUUAUAAACCCAGAAGACUAAUGGCUUUGUAUUCUAAAAUUAAAAAGGGGUUUUGUUAUUAAACGUUGAAUAGAAUCAAUGACCAAAAA